AUGCAGUAUUCACAGCAUCCCAAUUUCCCUCCUCUUCUUCCGUCCUUCAAGAGACACAGAUCCAGUAUCGACCAGGCGAGAUUCAAGGUCGAUCUCACGUUGCCGGUACUCCCAGAAGCGCCCGUCUGGGCAUCGCUCCCAACUCCCCCCAUGUCAGGGUCUCCCCCUUCAGAGCGACCUUCUCCUCCACAAAUAGCUGGCCAACGUCGCAAGAGGUCCGACUCCCUCCCUCUUGCGACCGCCGGCGCUUCCUCGCUUCCAAACCCUCCUCCACACGGGCCCUCGAUCUACGGAUUUGCAUCCUCGUCCGAGCAGAGCACUUAUCCGGCUCCAUACACGACAACAUACGUUCCACCCCAGUCGAUGGCUUAUGCUUCGGGACCUAUAGCGGCUCCAGCGUCGAGUCCAACCGAUCCACGAUUACCCAGUGGACAACUUUCUCCGCGCACAUCCCGAAAAAACAAGGCUCAUGUUGCCUCUGCCUGUAUCAAUUGUAAGAAGAAGCACUUGAGAUGUGACAACGCGCGACCAUGUCGAAGAUGUGUUCAGGCAGGGAAAGAGGACACUUGUCAAGAUGUGGUUCAUAAAAAGCGUGGGAGGCCGCCCCUGCGCCCUGAGGAUCCGAGUUCACGGCGAUCGUUCGACGCUGGCCUUUUAACAGACCCAGCAAGGCGCAUGCCCACCACAGAUCCAGCAAGCUACGCACAAGCAGGACAGUACUCGAGAUCAUUUCGCCCCCUGCAAGCUCAACCUUCCUACGAUGCGAGCCGGUCGCAAUUCCGACCUGGGCAACCAUAUGGGCUGUACGCUGCGCCCUCGGUUGGACCAAGCAGUGCGACUGCGAUGGGCCAGUUUGUUCCAUCAAGAGGAUACGGGCAAGGACCGCACAUGCCACCGCAACCUCCUUCGCCAUAUGUGCAACCCUCGGGCCCUUCCCGGCCGAUAGCGCCGUACCCUCAGACUCAGGCAUACGGUUAUGGACCUCCUGACUCAAUGCGCCCACCAACUACGCAAAUUUACUCGGCGCCACUAUUUCCUCGAAAUCAACUGCCCCCACCCCACAACGACCCUGUGCCAUCAGGCGCAGGACCUUCGAGCCUCCAACUUCCUCCAAUUCGUCCUAUAGAACAGCGCAGCUCUAUCGACCCUGCGCUGACGCAACAAGGCCACGCGUAUCCGCAACAUAAUGCGCCUCGGGACCCAAGAGAAGGAACAGGAACAACACGGCAGCCCGACUCCAAGAGACCGAAGAUGGACAUCCAAGGCAUCCUAGGCCCCAAACACGACUAG